AUGAAGUUCGGUGUUGGAUGGUUAUCUGCAACCCUUACUGCGACAGUUCUCUUUCUACAACGCGGUGAUGCUCAUUCGCAUGCUCCGCCGCCUAUUCAAUAUGUCUCCGAACUCGAUCAUGUCGUGAUACAUACUCCCUCGCGCCGUAUACAUUCUCACUCCAGUUUCGACAUUACAUUCACAAUACAUAAUAACGCGGAACCCAUUAAGUUAAAACUCGAACCAAAUCAUGAUGUUUUGGCAGAAGAUGCAGAGGUCCAAUACUUGAACCAUGAUGGCACUGUCAGCCAUACAGAGAGCAUUGAUCGCAGAGAACACCGCGUCUUUAAAGGUUCUGCAUGGACUGAAAUCGAGCCUGAUCACUGGACAUAUGUCGGCUGGGCACGAUUAUAUGUGAAACGCGAUGGGUCUAACCCCCUCUUCGAGGGCACAUUUAGUCUUAUGGGGGAUUAUCAUAAUAUAAAACUACGCUCGAGCUAUAUGCGGACACGAUCCGAACUCGAUGUCGUACCCGCGGGGAAGGAUGAAGAUUAUAUGGUGCUAUUCAGAAACUCAGAUAUGUAUUGGAUGCACGAGCAUACAGAGCUGAAACGAUCUGUUCCCGAAGCUUCUUGCCAGGCGGACAAAUUGGACUUCAAUACAGAUCCAAAUCAUCCUGUUUUCCGACCCCCGCAGUCAGCAAAUCUUGCCGCCAUAUCCUUUGAUCAACUACUGGGUCGACGACAGUCUGAUACUGGUGGUAUUGGUGGAAAUACAGGAGGCAUUAAUUUGGCAUCGACAAUCGGCAAUACCGCGGGAUGUCCCAAGAAUAAGUUGGUAGCCCUAGUCGGUGUGGCUACUGAUUGCAACUUCCUAAAUGCAUUCGGCAACAAUCAGUCCGCAGCUCGUGCGGAUGUUAUUUCAAUGUUCAAUUCCGCAUCGUCUGUAUACGAGAGUACAUUCAACAUCUCUCUUGGUCUGAAGAAUUUAACAAUGAGUGCUGCUGAAUGUCCAAAUACUGCGUCGUCAGCCACACCGUGGAACUUGCCGUGUACAUCAGGAAAUAUUUCUUCUCGGCUAACUGAUUUCACUGCCUGGCGUGGAGAUCAGGAUGACAAGAACGCCUACUGGACGUUGAUGACAAACUGUCCCACGCAAUCUGAGGUUGGAGUGUCGUGGUUAGGACAGCUGUGUGUUCAUGGAUCGACUAAUGCUUCUGUGGCUGGAGCCAAUGUUGUCGUCAAAACAUCGACUGAGUGGCAGGUUUUUGCACACGAGUCAGGACAUACCUUUGGUGCUGUACAUGACUGCGACUCCUCCGCAUGUCAACAAGGCCUCCAGACAACAUCGCAGUGCUGCCCAUUGACUUCAAAUAGCUGUAAUGCUAACGGGCAAUACAUCAUGAACCCCACGGCAUCGCCUAACCUUGAACACUUCUCGCAAUGUACAGUAGGCAAUAUUUGUUCUGCCCUAGGUCGAAACAGCGUUCGAUCCGAUUGUCUGGUUAAUAAUAAGGACGUGACCACCUAUACGGGCAGUCAAUGUGGUAAUGGUAUAGUUGAAAGCGGAGAAGAUUGCGAUUGUGGAGGCACAGCAGGUUGCGGAAACAACGCCUGCUGCGAUCCUACCACUUGCAAAUUCAAGAACAACGCAGUCUGCGACGAUUCCAACGAAGCAUGUUGCUCCAGCUGCCAAUUCAUGUCUGCCAACACGACCUGCCGUGUUAGCACUGGUCCCUGCGACAUUGCCGAAGUCUGUUCCGGAAACUCCGGCACCUGUCCCCCCGACAAAUUCGUCGAUGAUGGCAAGAGCUGCUCGAGUGGAAACACUACAGGACUCACCUGUGCCAGCGGUCAAUGCACAAGUCGUGAUCUGCAAUGUCGUACCAUCCUCGGUGCCGUCCUGGGCAGUAACGACACCUACGCCUGCGACAAUUCCGCAUGUACACUCUGGUGCGCAUCCUCCAAGCUCCCAUCCAACGAAUGCGGUAGCAUGCAACAGAACUUCCUCGACGGAACACCCUGCAACGGCGACGGUCAUUGCAAUAACGGGCAAUGCGUCGGUUCCUCUGUUGGCGGACAGAUCAAGUCAUGGGUUGACCAGCACAAGCCUCUCGUCAUCGGUCUGGCCGCUGGCAUUGGUGGGUUACUCGUGUUAAUCAUCUUGAGCUGUAUCGUUUCCGCAUGCCGGAGACGAAGAUGGCGAAAGGCCGCUCCUACUCAGCCUCAGUAUCAAGGGUAUCGAGGAGGACCCCCACCAGGUGUAGGAGGGUGGUCGGGACCAAUGCCGCCGCAGAUGCAGCAGCAAGGGAAUCCUACAUUUGGUGCACCACCACCUGCAUAUUCUCCACCUGAAUAUAAUAAUAAUGGAGCAGGUUGGCCACGGACGCAACCACGAUAUGCAUAA